AUGAGUGUCUUAGAAGCUAGCGCGCCAGACAAAACCGACGAAUCCAAUCUUCAUGAGGAGCCGCCACGGUCUUUAAUCAGAGAGACACUGUUUGUCAGUGUCCUCUGCUCCUCACAGCUCAUGACCCAGGCGGGCCUCGCGCUAUCACUGGUACCCUUGCGAAUCAUCGGCGCCAGCUUCAACACAACAAAUGCCGGAGAGCUGAGCUGGUAUGCAGCUUCCUACAGCCUGACUGUUGGCACAUUCAUACUCAUCGCCGGGCGGCUUGGCGACAUCUUUGGACACCGACUGAUGUUCAUCAUCGGCUUUGCCUGGUUCAGCCUGUGGUCCUUGCUGGGCGGUGUCGCCGUCUGGUCGGAUCAAAUCUUCUUCAACAUAUGCCGGGCGAUGCAGGGUAUCGGCCCGGCAUUGUUGCUUCCGAAUUCGAUCGCCAUACUUGGCCGCACGUACCGUCCAGGCCCGCGCAAAAACAUGAUAUUCAGCCUCUUUGGGGCAACUGCCCCGGGUGGGUUCAGUAUCGGUGCCGUCAUGGCAUCGCUCCUAGCAGAGAGAGUUUGGUGGCCCUGGGCCUACUGGAUCAUGGCCAUAGCAUGUGCCGGGUUGGCCCUGAUGGGAUGGCUCAUCAUACCUCGAAGCCCGUCUGACUCCGUUGGCGAUAAGGACAUACCCACAAUGGCUCGGCUCGACAUCCCUGGUUCUCUUGCAGGGGUGACAGGGUUGAUACUGGUGAAUUUCGCCUGGAAUCAAGGUCCUGUAGUAGGCUGGGAUGUGCCUUACAAUUAUAUCCUCCUGAUUGUUGGGGUAUUGAUGCUAGGGGUAUUUGUGCACAUCGAGCUCCAUUCCAGAUGUCCGCUGCUCCCUCCGUCGAUUUUCACAAAAGAGGUAGGCUGGGUUUUGAGUUGCAUUGCGACUGGUUGGUCCAGCUUCGGGAUUCUGGUAUUCUAUUACUUUCAGUUCCUCGAGGUAAUCAAGGGCGACACCCCGUUGCUGGCCUCCGCCAAGUGGUCAGGGGUGUCCGUUUCGGGUGCGAUCGCGGCCGUGACAACAGGAUAUCUGAUCUCGCGUAUCCGGCCCUCGCUCAUCAUGUUGAUGGCGAUGGUAGCGUUUACCGUGGGCCAAAUCCUCCUAGCGACGUUGCCUGUGAACCAAACCUAUUGGGCGCAGGCCUUUGUAACCACCAUCAUCACACCCUGGGGAAUGGACAUGUCAUUUCCUUCUGGGACCUUGGUUCUAAGUAACUCCUUACCUCGAGAACAACAAGGCGUAGCUGCGUCGGUCGUCAACACAGUUGUCAAUUACUCCAUAUCUAUUGGACUCGGGCUUGCAGGGACCGUGGAAAGGUAUAUAAACAAAACACGAUAA